UGGACAGAGAGGAAUUGCAUCAAAUAAUGGUAAGAGAUAUAUGUAGAUAAGUUUGGACAACUAAAAUAUAAGGUCGUGCGACCACACAGACAUAAUAAACGACAACCACUAGUACUAUCUUUUUAAGUUUGAUAAUCACAGCAUGAAGAAACAUCCCAUUUUCAGCAUUGGCAGGUGGUGUGGUAAGAAAAAAAUGGACAACAUAGCAAGAAGAUGGAGAAUUCUGAGCGGGGAAAGUAAUUGGGAAGGCCCAUUGGAUCCUCUGGAUAUCGAUCUUCGUCGAUACAUCAUACACUAUGGAGAAAUGGCUCAAGCUACAUAUGACGCAUUCAAUUCACAGAAGGAAUCCAAGUAUGCUGGGAGCAGCAUAUACUCCAAGCAGAAUUUCUUCUCCAAGAUUGGUCUAGAGAACGGCAAUCCGUUCAAGUACACCGUGACCAAAUUCUUUUACGCCACGUCGGAAAUCGAUCUUCCGGAGGCGUUCAUUGUGAAAUCAAUGUCAACGGAGGCUUGGAGCAAGGAAUCAAAUUGGAUGGGGUAUGUUGCUGUGGCCACGGAUGAAGGGAAGGCUGUUUUGGGGAGAAGGGAUAUUGUGAUUGCUUGGAGAGGAACAAUAAGGACCUUGGAGUGGGUUAAUGAUUUUGAGUUUCUUCUUGUCUCGGCUCCAAAGAUACUUGGACAUGAUCAUGAUCAAGCAGCCAGUGAUCCUAAGGUGCAUCAAGGUUGGUACUCCAUCUACACUUCUAAUGAUCCGCAUUCACCCUUCAACAAGACCAGUGCUCGCGACCAGGUCCUUGAGGAGGUAAAGAGACUAGUGGAACUCUACAAGAAUGAAGAGAUAAGCAUUACAGUGACAGGACACAGCUUAGGUGCAGCAGUCGCAACCCUAAACGCAAUCGAUAUAGUUGCGAAUGGAUUCAACAAACCAACAUCAAACCUACACAAAUCAUGUCCAGUCACAGCAAUUAUCUUUGCCAGUCCUCGUGUCGGUGACUCGAACUUUAAGAAGUUGUUCUCUACCUACAAAGAUCUUCGAGCCCUACGCGUUCGUAAUGCCUUAGAUAUAGUACCAAAUUAUCCAUUAAUAGGGUACGAAGAUGUUGGAAAAGAGCUUGAAAUUGAUACUACAAGAUCAAAGUACUUGAAGAGUCCAGGAAAUGUGUCUACUUGGCAUAAUUUGGAGGCUUACUUGCAUGGAGUGGCGGGAACACAUGGGCCUAAAGGAGGGUUUAAUUUGGAGGUUAAUCGUGAGGUUGCUCUGGUGAAUAAAACAAUUGAUGGAUUAAAGGACGAGUAUUCAAUUCCUGUGACAUGGAGGGUUUUGAAGCAUAAAGGUAUGGUGCAACAGAUCGAUGGGUCUUGGAAGUUGAUGGAUCAUGAAGAAGAUGUCGAUUAGUCGGAUAAUUACAUAAAUAUAUGUGUGUGUGUAUAUUGGUUUAAGAUGGUAAGAUAGAGGUUACCAAUGAGAGGUGGCGUAGUUGCCAAUCAGUUGUAUUAGGCAUAUGUGUGUCCAGUGUUCGAUUUCAAUGAAAAAUAUAUUUCUCAGC